GAGACCGAAAUCCGUCAACUUACUCCAUCGUUUCUCACUCCAUCUCUCUCCUCUCUUUCUCUCUCUACACAUCUUCCUUCUGAACCUGUGAAUGGAUGCAUCUCGCACAUCUCUCUCUCUCCAACAACAGCUCAGCUGGAGAGAGAGGGAGAGAGCGUCAGACCCUCCUUCCUGUCAAAACCCCAAAAACCUUCGGUCCCUCGCGUUUGUCGGGGCCAUGUCCGCACGCAAAUCUCUAUCUCUCUCCGCCCACCUCCAAAUCGCAACUCACUUCCUCCCCCUACCCUCAUUUUUUUCCCUCUCUUUUUUCAUUUUUUCAUUUUUUUUGGGACUUUCCAUCCAUGUCCUCCUCUCCUUUCUCCCCUCCCUACUUUCUGGUUUCUCAAUCAACAUACCAAAAUCAAUUUAAUUAUUUUUAUUAUUGUAAGGAAUUAAUUGAUAAUUAGAAGAAAAAGAAUCAGAAAAAUCUGCCAGCCAGCCAGCCAGAACUCCUCUGCAUCCCACCAGCACUUCAUUUCUUCAUUUUCUGGUGCAGGGAUUUCUGGUCUGGAUUUUUGGGUCUCCCAUUUCUGAAGCUCCAAUCUUUUGUGUACAUUAAUUCAUUCUUCCUUCUAUACAACAACAUCCAAGUUUUGUUUAUCAAGUUUUGACAUUUGGGAUUGGAUAAUUUUCUCACCUUCCAAUUUUGUGCUGCAUUUUUUUAUAGGGAAAGAGAGAGUUUUUCCUUCCCCAUUUCCUGAAUUUUGAUAUUUUGUGGAAUUUGGGUAUGUGGGUAGGGAUCAAAUGCUUAUAGAUAUGUGAAUUCAGGUUACUUUGUUUGGAUGAAAGAGGGAUACCCAGAUUGAGAAUUUGUGGAGAAAUGAUGGAUUGAGGAGGGAAACUCUUGGUUUCCCAGAAAAUGCAGGUAACCUAUUUGAUUAAAGCUCUCACUCAAACAAUUUGCGGAAAGGGGUGAUUAGUUUGGAAGAAAUAGAAAACAGGGGAUUUAGGGAGCUGAUAAAAUUAUGGGCUGUCUUUGCUCGAAAGCAACAUCGGAAGAGGGAAAGGUGGAGCAAUCCGAGAUAGCAGAACGCCCGUUGAAGGAUUAUUCGGUUCAGUUGAUUGCUCCUACUCCCUCAUUGAGAGAUGACUUUGUCACAGAAGUAGGCGGUGGUGGUGAUGGGGCUGAGGUAUCAGUGCGCAGGUCAUCAAGAACAGCCUCAAAAGCAAACGUGGGGAACAAUGGUAGUAAGAAUGAAGACCAUCAAAGAGGGGCAACACUGGGUUUAGGAGCAAGUGGAAGGCAAACGGUGAUGUCUAGGAUAGUGAGCAUGCCGCAUGGGGCACAAGGAGAACAAACUGCUGCUGGAUGGCCGUCAUGGCUAACUUCGGUUGCUGGAGAUGCCAUCAAAGGGUGGGUGCCUCGACGGGCAGACUCCUUUGAAAAGUUAGACAAAAUUGGACAAGGAACUUAUAGCAGUGUAUACAAGGCUCGCGACCUGGAAACUGGUAAAAUCGUUGCAUUGAAGAAAGUACGAUUCGUAAAUAUGGACCCAGAAAGUGUUCGUUUUAUGGCAAGAGAAAUCUAUAUAUUACGUAGACUUGAUCACCCAAAUGUUAUGAAGCUCGAGGGUCUAGUCACUUCAAGAAUGUCAUGCAGCUUAUACCUUGUCUUCGAGUAUAUGGAGCAUGACCUUGCUGGUCUAGCAGCAACACGUGGCAUCAAGUUUACUGAACCGCAGAUAAAAUGUUAUAUGCAACAACUGCUUCGCGGACUUGAAUACUGUCAUAGUCAAGGUGUCCUGCACCGAGAUAUCAAGGGUUCAAAUCUUUUACUUGACAAUAAUGGAGCUCUCAAGAUUGGCGACUUUGGUCUGGCGACCUUUUAUGAGCCUGACCAAAACCAGGCAUUAACCAGUCGUGUUGUGACUCUGUGGUAUAGGGCACCUGAACUUUUACUUGGUUCUACUGAGUAUGGAGUUUCUAUAGAUCUAUGGAGCACCGGCUGUAUCCUUGCGGAAAUGUAUGCUGGAAAGCCUAUCAUGCCCGGCAGAACAGAGGUGGAACAAAUGCAUAAAAUUUUUAAGCUUUGUGGUUCGCCAUCUGAGGAAUUCUGGAAGAAAACAAAGUUACCCCUUGCAACUAGUUUCAAACCUCAACAACCUUACAAGCGUCGUAUUGCUGAUACUUUCAAAGACGUCCCUCCUUCAGCUUUGGAGCUUAUUGAAAAACUCCUUGCAAUAGAACCAGAGACUCGGGGAUCGGCUGCUUCAGCGCUUAGUAGUGAGUUCUUCAGUACACAUCCUCUACCUUGUGAUCCCUCAGAUCUACCAAAAUAUCGUCCGAGCAAAGAGUUUGAUGCAAAGCUUCGGGAUGAGGAAAAACGGCGAAAAGCCGAUGCAUUUAAAGGGCGUGGUCCUGAAUCUGUUAGAAGGGGUUCAAGAGAUACCAAGGCACCAUCGCCAGAAUUUAAUACUCCGGGAGAGCAGGGACAGAGAAACCGGAAAACCACAGGUCACAAGUACAUGUCACAGCGAGAAACUGUCUCCGGCUUUGCAAUGGAACCACAUGGAGGAGCUAGGUCAAAUGGGUACUCUCAUUGUAGUACAAUGGUACACCCUAGUGCAGUAGGAUCGUCAUUGAAUAAGACAGCAGGUUCUACAAGUAGGCCAGAGCUAAGGUCGCAGAGAUCUCAUAUGCCUCAAGCUGCAGCAGACUUAUUAAGUUCUUCCAGUAAGAAAAAAGAAACUGUGGCUGGCAAAGAAUCCAGAACGGGCUAUGUACCUAAGAACAGAAUCCAUUGCUCUGGACCAUUGGUGCCUCCGGGGGGAAAUCUUGAGGACAUGCUCAAAGAGCACGAAAGACAAAUCCAGCAGGCUGUACGUAAAGCACGAGCGCGUUGACAAAGACCAGGACCAAUGAAAACCUUUGAUGAUGACCAUUAAAGACAUAUCUCGGUGAUCCUGAACGGUUGAUAUUCUGCUGCCUCUUCUAUAACCAUGCUGAUCUGCUCAGUGCUCACCAGAUACAGCUGCUUGCACCAGCCAAGUUUGCUAAUUAACCAUGAAAACCAGUGAGAAAUGUCAGCAUGGAAGCAUAGCGAAGAUGAAGGUGGUUAUAUGUUCAGAAAAGCGAUGUAAUGGGGUGGACGAUAUUCUGGUGUACCGCGUAAAUUAGAACCGAGAAGGAACUUUUGGUUUUUUGUUGGUUGCCGGACAAUAUAUAGGUUUGGGGCUGCUUUCGCCUUGUACAGUACAGAGGAAGCAUGUUGUUUAUGUACAUUGUAAGAUAACAAUUUUCUUCUCUGAAUGAUUCAUUUUUCUUGUAAGAAGAGAAAACGCUCGAUAUCUUGUUAUGUGCAGUAACA